GUUUAGUCCAGUCGUCAACAUGAUGUGGCACAUCGUGUAGCGGCCACCCGUAUUUUUUUAAGUUUUUUACCGACAAGCACCGACAAAAAAAAAAUAAUUCUAAAAAUCCACCCCCGCCCAAAAGAAUAACGCACACAUACAAAAAAAAAACAGAAAAAUUUUGCACGAAAAUAGUAUUCCGAGAGAUCCGCCACCCCCCGACGACCGAGUGGAGGAGACGCGUGUACGGUAUUACAAAUAAAUAAACAUAAAGGAAACACCACACCAUCAGCAACAACAAAUAGUAAAAACAAACAACAACAAAUAAUAUAACAAUGUCAGGAUAGACUAGGAUUUGUUUACAACACAAUUCAAAUUCGCUCUACAAUUAUUUUUAAAUUAAAGAAAAAUAAUAAUACAGAAAACACGCACACUUAAUUACUUGAUAAAGGACCGUUCAGAAGUACAAAGCAUGAAUACCGUAGAAAAGUUAUAAAUCGCGUUCGAAAGUUAUAAACUUAGCGUAUAUAAACAAAUAUAAAUCGACGAUCCGCGAUUUAACGAAACGUAUAGUUUUAUAUUAAACUAAAUAAGUUGACAAAUAGGAGAGACGACCAAAUCGAAAACUUCUCGGAUUUACUAAAAAAAAAGGCUGUGUUACAACAUCAACAAGAACAACAGAAAAACCGAUAAUCUCAUAAAGAAUACGGGGUCGGGAUGGAGUCGGGCGGUGCGGAGAUCGAGGAGCUCAUGUUGUGCGGAUACUGCAAGUUGCGGUACAACGACAACGAUCAGAGUCCGAAGAUGUUGUCCUGCAAACAUUACUUUUGCCUGCAGUGCAUGAGGACUUGGCUGAAUAAGGGCCAGGAACUGUUGUGCGUUCACUGCUGGAAGCGCACAGAUUUAGGAGAGAAGGGUCCGGAGUCGUUGCCCACCUACACUCCGGUCCUCUGCCUUGCCAAGAACUUCUCGGAGAUGAGGCUUAAGCUGGAGAAGCCUCCGGCACCAAUCGCUUGCGGAAGUAAACUUAUUUCGGAAAACUGUCACACCCACGCGAUGCCUCUUGCGCUGUGGUGUCAAACGUGCGGCAUCCCGGUGUGUCGGGCCUGCGCCGCCACCUCCGAUCAUACCAGUCACCAGGUCAAAUCGCAGAACGAAACCAAGGAUCAGUUGGUGAACGAUCUGCAUACCGAGUUGCAGUCGAUGAAUAAGAUGCUGAACGAGAUUUCGCGAUUGGCGAUGCAGCAGCGUGAGUUCUUGGUGAAGAUCUUGGAAGCUUGCGUCACGUUAAAGACUCACGUUGAGGCAGAUCUGACUAACCAUUCCGCCCAUUUGGAAGUUAACGAAAUUAGAGAGUUACUUGCUAAGAUCCGCAUGAAUGUAGGCAUGGUGGAUAAUCUGGCUGACGUUCAGGGCUUGUACUCCAGUUUGAACGUUGAGAAGCAACGUAUGCAGAUGCGUUACCAGGAUAUGUUCCACCAGUGCCAGCUGGACGACCUCAUCCGCAACUCUCCGGUGCUCUUCGACUUCCAACUCCUGAAGCAAGCUUUGGCCAGCAUACAAAACGGGGAUAUACCCUAUUCGGGUAAUUCCAGGAUGGCUACUAACCAGCAGAACCCGAUUCUCUUCCUGGCCAACUACUGCAUGUCACAGCUGUACUCUCGUCACGUCAUCACUAAGCAGAUCAACGGUAAUAUCGAUUACCUGCAUUCUAUCCAACCGACACAAAACUACCUCCCAGUCGUACCUGCGAAGUACGAACCGAUCAUCAUGCACUCGCCUCAAUUGUCCAGAAACCCGAUCACCGCCUGUCCUCUCUAUUACUUCAACAUCGAAGUGAAUGGAGCACCCGCCGGAAGAGUGAUCAUCGAGGUCCGCUCCGACGUUGCACCGAAGAUGUCCAAGAACUUCGGACUCUUAGCUACAGGAGAAUCCGGUAUCGGCUACAAGGGCUGCAACAUCUUCCAGUGUUGGGAAGGCGAGAGCGUCAUCACCGGCGACUACGAGCUAAACAACGGCCGCGGCGGCCGUUCCAUCUUCGAGGAGUCCUUCUUCCUUCCGGACGAUACCAAACUCCUAGCAGUCAGAGGCACCGUCGGAAUGCGUCGUACCCAGAAGAGGCACGACAACCUAGGCAUGGUAGGUUCCCAGUUUCGCAUAAUCCUACAGGAGAUGCGCGGCUUCACCGGCAUCUUCGGCCACGUUAUUGAGGGCCUCGAGCUGAUCGAGAAACUCAGCACGUACGGCGACACGAACGGAAAGCCCACCAAAACAAUCCUCAUAGCCAAAUGCGGCAAACUUUAAAAAGGGGGCAAUCGAUGCCAACGCACGGCCAGUAUAACACGAAUUAGUUUCUAACGCAUAUUUAAAGAAACCCAAAUAUUUUUUUAAUCGAUCAACAAACAAAACGAGAGCGCGCGUUCAGUUCUCGAAACUUAUCCGAAACGAAUUUUUAAAAAAUAUUUGGCAUCGACGCGUAUUUAUUCAUAAUCUUAAUGGUAAUAAUAAUAAUCGUGUAAUAAAUGUUGUAAAUAUUAAGAGAAAAAAAUGAAGCAAAUCGCUUGAAUGAAUCGUAUUUAAAUGUUGAUUAAGUGUUAAGCUUCGGCCAGAAAGUAAUACCUUCUCAAAAAUCAGUAUUCGAAAUCGGUUUGAACAAAAAAAAAUAUAUAUAAAUACAAUAAAUAAAGGAAACGCUUGUGAAAUACAAAUAAUUUCAAUAUUUGAAAAUUUAUCAAGCAAACAUAUAUUUUCUUAUUCUGUGUACAAUUCUUCGCGGUGUCUAAAAUAUGAAGAUUCUAUUAAGAUAUAUAUAUAUAUAUUCUUGACUACGAAUUAAAUCUCGAUUAGUUUCCAAACGCUCUGCUAUGCAUUGUUGCGUUUACGGAAAGAAACAAUACAAUAAACACUUCGUAGUGAAAUGGAUGUAUUUUUAAACAAGAUUCUUUGGGACCUCACAUUUCAACAAUUAGUCACACGCGAUGUGUGUGCGCGAUUCAAUUUGAUAUAUAUACAAAUAUUUAAUAUAUAGAUUUAUUGACAGUAUAUAAAAACAUGAUAUAUAUUUUUUAUUACAUAUAUUUUUGUAUCGUCGUUAUUACUUAGUAUUUAGUCGGAAACACGUUUUUUCAUUGCAAUCAGUUUCGAUUUAAACAAUAAUAUUAAUAAUCUCGGUGAAACUUAAUUACGAAUCGGCCUAUGAUUUACUUUCGAACUGACGCUAAUAUCGCACCAAAACGGGGUAAAAUAAAGAAAUCGAAUUAUGUUUUCUUAGAUAAUAAGAAUGGCAUUGUUUCAUGCGU